GGAUGGGGAGCAUGAGGACGCAAUCCCAUUGCCGGAUAUCCACGAAAUGGAAGUUCCCUUUCGCCGAGCCGAGUUAGCAAACACCUCAAAACCGCAACGUCUGUGUACGGAGGCGGCUCGUGUCAGUGCGGAUCCACUUUUGUUUCCAGAAAACGUAGCUUUUGGGCCCGAUUAUGGCCAAGAGCAGCCAGAACAUUGGAGGCUCCCGCCUAUCGCUGAGCUGCCGGGAGACUACGGCAUCUCCACUACAGACAGCAAAAUUUUCGAACUCGGCGAUAAUGGAAAAGAAGGAGCAGAAUCUGAUCGCGAACCGUGGUCUGCGAAUUCAUGGAGCGAUGUUGCUGCUAGCCAUGAUGGCGACCCGAUGUCACAAUUUAGGCCAGAAGAGCUGGAGCGCUGGGCUGCGGGCGGAUAUGAAGUUCCAGGAGCUUCUUUGGAGAGACGGCUCUCGUUCAUUAGGGACCAGCCGGAUGAGAUUACCGUUCGAAGAAUCCAUCCUGCCAGACCCUACUCAAGUCCCGAAGGACCGGAAAGUUGUGCUCCAGGGUGGGACGUAGUUCCAGGGCUAGGUCUGCAGAGCGAACCGUCGUAUACAAGCGGACUAAGAGACUCAAUUACUGUUCGUGGAGUUGCCUCUCCAGCUUCAAAUUCGAUGGCGGGAAAGCUCAAGCGUCGCAUUUUGAAUGGGGAAGCCAUUCACGGAUCUUUGCCGGCUUUCGAUAGUGCCGCAUUGGAACCCCCAUUGAUUGGCAUCAGCCCGUCUGCUCUAGAAUACGAACCGAAUCCGGUCAUUUUCGCGCAUCUUCGGUCAGCACCACCAUCAGAGGUGGUGCGAUUGGCAGGCGAUAAUGUUCAGGUUAGCCCCCUUUCCGACACUGAAGGAGUACCAACUUCCGAGGGCGUCGUGAGCAGUGGGAUCUCUUCGUCUUCGUCGACACGAUUACCUGGAGAUCCAGACACCGAGGGUUUAGGCCACACUGUAAUCCAGGAAAACUCGACUCCAUAUCGUCGGAACAAGGAAUCACCCCCGGGACUGGAUAUAAAAGCAGAUCCCAAACAGCAAUCUACUCAGCCGUUCCCGAUACCCGGUCACGACUGGAGUAGUCACUCGGAUGGUUUUGUUUGUCCGUAUUGCCAGAGGCCAUUUAGGACUGCUGGCUUGAAAAACAAACACGUCAACCGGAAACAUAUUCGACGGUAUAAAUGUACAACAAUGGAUUGCGAAGCCGCAUUCCACCUGAAUAAUGAUCUGAGCCGUCAUCAGCAGACAGUGCACAAAACUGCUGUGGAUAGCACGUGGAAAUAUACGAAUGAGCAUUGUAGAACACCGGAGACGGUAUUUCGUAGGAAAGACAACUUCCUACGACAUGUAGGCCGGUGUGACAGAGAGCGAGGAGGUGGCGUUGCAGUCUCGAGAUCGAGAACGUUACGGGGGAUUCUUCCUCAGACGGGAUAACAGU